UUUUGAAGUUGACAUAGCGUCUGCUUUUAUUUUGUUUACGUAUGACAAAGUUAGUUCAUGGUGUUAGGUUCGAAGAGAGAAUUUAUAUUCCAUAUGUUUGAAGGAGGAUUUAAUAAAAUACUUCAUUUUCAUAACUGAAUUUAUUUGGUCAUUUUGUUUAUUCUUUGCUGAAAUAUUAUGAAAAUUUACUUGAAAAUAGUGACGCUAAUAAUAUUUAGUUAAUUUUGCUAUGUCUGAAUCUGCUACAACUGAUCUUGAAGUUAAAGAUAUACUAGAUGCUUCUGUUCAGGAUUCUCCAAGAUCUUUUGAAACCAUGACUGAUGAAAUACCUACCAUUACGACUAAAGAUCGUCCUGUAAUUUUUUCUAAAGAAUCUGAAAAUGUUACUAUUCAGUUGGAUAAUCUUCCUCCAAACUCGGAAGAAACUCCGUUGCCCCAAACAAAUCUGUUAUUAGCUGCCACUUUGGUCCGCGACGCUAAAAAUGGGCGUCUUUCUAAUUUCAUCCCAAGUGAUCAAUGCGUCAGACUAUAUCUCAUUUAUCAUCACUGGGGACUCAGUUACAUGUUAUACUUUUUCAUUGUACUGCACCAUGUAAUAGCAGUGUGUGAAGAUCCAGCAGUUAAUGGCUACCUUCUUCCUUACUGGGUGACUAUGUCUGUUGAAUUUGCAUGCAUACUGUUCUACCUCUUCAGACUUCUUCAUUGUGCAUCUUUUUUACCACCUGAAACUUUUUGCAGAGACAAGAAAAAUAUUUUAGUUCUGGCUUCUAUUAUUCUGACAGCCAUUGAUAUGUCUUGUUAUAUUGGAUUAGUUAAUGCAGGUUACGAACAUAUUGCAUAUCGCUGGUCUAGACCUUUGAGACCUUUGUUUAUUGUGAACUUCAGUGAAAGCAAGCAAGUUCGCAGAGCUUUUAGAAAUAUACGCAAAACCCUUCCUGAUAUAUUAAAUGUGUUGAUUCUCUUUUUUUUGAGCAUUUCUUUGUUUUCUUUAAUGGCCCAGAAGUUGUUUCAAAAAAGAGAUUUGAAGUACCCUGACGGAAAGCCCUAUUUUACCAAUUAUCUUGAUAUAUAUUUUCAGUUAUAUGUUUUAGUUACAACAGCUAAUAAUCCUGAUAUUAUGAUGCCUGCGUAUGAUUCAAAUAGGUGGUUUGCAAUAUUUUUUAUUGCUUAUCUCAUAAUAUGCUUGUAUAUAUUCAUGAAUAUAUUCCUAGCAGUGGUAUACAACAAUUACCGAAAGCAUCUAAAAAAUGAGGUUCGAAAACUGGUUUAUAUGAAAAGGAAAAGCUUAGCGAAGGCUUUUGAUUUAUUGAAAGUAAAGAAAGAUGGGGAGUUCAUUAUUGAUUUUAAAAGAUUUAAUGUGCUUCUGAAAAUGAUACCACCUGCUAGAAGUACCAUGAUGGUAAACAUAUUGUGGUAUGUUUUAGAUACGAAUGGAGAUAAUGCUGUAGGUAAAGUUGAUUUUCUUCAGUUAGCAGAUUUAUUGAACGUUACCGUAACUGAAGUGAAAGAUAGGCGUAGUAUAUUUGAUCGAAUUGCGCCUGUAUGUUUUCAUAGUAAAUUUUCCAUUUCACUUCGUCAGCUAGUAGCUCUCAAGUAUUUUCGUUACUUUUUUGAUUUGAUGAUACUGUUGAACGCCUUUUUAAUUGCCUUAGAUAUAACAGACGCGGAAUGGUUCUUCUUGGCUCUUUUCACUUUAGAAAUUAUUUUAAAAAUGUACACUUUUGGUACGCAGCACUUUUUCAGAAGAUUUUGGAAUAUAUUUGACUUCAUAGUCAUUGGAGGAGCAAUCAUAGGAACUUCUAUUGAAAGUUUCAUGGAUUCAAGUGCUGAAGAUAAGACUCGAACAUUAGACAUUUUACUUGUUUUGAGAGUUCUGCGUCUUGUGAAAAUAAUUGGAGGAAUCGAUAGGUUUCAAGUUAUUGUGACAACUAUAUUAAAUCUUGGACCUUCAAUCCUUACUUACGGAGGUGUUCUAAUUGUUGUAUAUUAUGUAUUUGCAAUUGUUGGCAUGGAGUUGUUUCAUGGUAAAAUCAAGUAUUAUGGUUAUCAGAACAUAACUGAUCCUUCUCACUUAUAUUGUGGCAAUUCUUUGCUGAAUGGAUCCGUUUUUUAUCAAAGUCAGUAUUGCAGCAACAAUUUCAACAAUAUACUGAGCACCUUUAUAGUUUUGUUUGAACUUAUGGUUGUCAACCAGUGGCAUGUUUUAGCGAAUGGUUAUGUGUUAGUUACCAGUAAAGCUGCCAGACUGUAUUUCUUUGCUUUUCAUCUAACUUGUGUCAUUAUUGUUAUGAAUAUCUUCACAGCCUUUGUCCUAGAAGCAUUUAUUUUAGAAUACUCUUUUUGUAAAAGUAAGUUAGAAAAUGCAAUGGAAAAGAAGAUCAUUGAAAUGGGAUUGCAAUUAGGAAGGAAAAAAUCUCAAGGUACCAAAGGCACUGAUAUUGAUAAUUUAAUCGUCGAUUCUGAAGAUGUAGUUGAAUUUAGUGAUUUUGAAGUUCCUGAUAAAAGUGCAAAUAGAAGAUCUUCUGUUUAUCCUGAUUUAGCUGAAAAGACAGACAUUAGAUUCCAUCUAUCGAAAAGUAAAAAUGUAGAAAACCUUCUUCAAAGAAUGUUUGAGAAUGAAUUAGAUGUUGAUGACUUUGGGCCUGAAGAUAUCGAAAAUUUUGAAGAUGAAGCAACUAUGACGUUAUCUUUAAAAACUUUGUAAAAUUAUUCUAUUAUAUGAGACUUUUUGUAUUUUAAAGAUGUGAAUAAUUUUACUGAUAUUUUAUAUAACACUUGAGCAAUUAUAACAAUUUUUAUCAAUUAUUAUUAUGUAGAUUUUGGUGUUAUAAUUCAGUUGAUGAAUGCAGUCAUGAUUCAUCAAAACUAUACUGAUUAUAAGUGUUGAGUAAAGGAGCAAUAAUUGAUUGUAAAAGAGAAGUUUCUAUAGCUAAGGAUAAAAAAUAGCCUUUCCUCGACAUUUCCAUUCGUUUUAUAUGAAAUUUGAGUUCAUCUAUUUAAUAAAUUAUACAUUUAAUAUCAUAAAAUUAUCUUAGUUACUGAGCGAAAACAAAUUUGUUUUCCAAAUUAAAUUAUACAGAAUAGAGAGUUAUGUAAUGUUUUAAAUAAAUUAUAAUUGAAGUAUUUCGAUCUUUCACAAAUUUUCAUUUUCGUCGUUCUUCUGUAUAUAAACACAAUAAUUUCCUAUUCUGUUUAACUGUUAAUUAAAUAAAUGAUGUUUUGAAGGCUU